AGCUGCGCAUGCGUGACAUUGUGUGCACCCCGUGAUCCGGAAGCGAUCAGAGUUGGGCUUUGGUUUGACACGUAGCUGCGGAAGUGUGUUGGAGUGAUAGCGGUUCGAGCUGCUACAAUGUCUAAUUUUGAAAACUUCAAUCAAGAUUUCUACCAAACCAGCUAUAGCAUUGAUGAUCAAGCUCAGGGAUUCAAUUACAAUCCUGGUGGAGGACAACAGAACAAACAAUAUUAUGACUAUGGGCAACAAGGUGGAUUCAUUCCUCCAGAUAUGAUGAAUCCGCAGCAACCCUACAUAGGACAAAUCUAUCAGCCAACACAAACUUACACUCCAACUUCCACAGAAUCUGUGUAUGGAAGUUCUUUUGAUGACGAACCACCUUUACUAGAAGAGCUUGGAAUCAACUUUGAUCACAUAUGGCAGAAAACGUUAACUGUGCUCCACCCAUUAAAAGUAGCAGAUGGCAGCAUCAUGAACGAGACAGAUCUGGCAGGUCCAAUGGUUUUCUGCCUUGCUUUUGGAGCCACACUACUGCUGGCGGGAAAGAUCCAGUUUGGUUACGUUUAUGGGAUCAGUGCAAUCGGCUGUUUGGGGAUGUUUUGCCUUCUGAACUUGAUGAGUAUGACCGGUGUUUCCUUUGGCUGUGUUUCAAGUGUCCUGGGCUACUGUCUCCUGCCUAUGAUUAUCCUCUCCGGUUUUGCUGUAGUCUUAUCUUUGCAAGGGAUUGUCGGUGUUCUUCUCACAGCUUUGAUCAUUGGUUGGUGUAGCUUCUCCGCUUCAAAAAUCUUCAUUUCUGCUUUAGCCAUGGAGGGACAACAAUUCCUGGUCGCCUAUCCUUGUGCUUUACUUUAUGGAGUGUUUGCUCUUAUUUCUGUGUUUUGAACUGAAUAAUCCAGUUGGACUACAAUGGGCCAAACUCAUCCUGAAGACAAUUUCUCCUGUUUUUAAGGAUUCGUGAACUUCUGUUAUGCACAUACUCGGGGAACAGUGGAAAAAUGACACAAAUCCAAUGUUCAUUUUUUAUACAGAACUUUUAAAUACUAAAUGGACUCAGGAUAGCUUUCAUUCUACUAAGAGCAUUUUGAGAUUGUUUACGGGGGGAGCCAAUAAGCAUUCUGGGGUGACAUUUGGUGAAUAGUCACAGUAUGGAAGUGGAGUAAUUGGUAAUGAAGGAGUUUCUGAGUUUAACAUGCUGUAUAUUUUAUAAUGCUAAGUGUUUUUGCAUGUUGACAUCACAAGUUAUUUGGCUAUAAACAAGAAUGUUAGUCAGGCUAUUUUUUUUUUUUUUUUUUUCUUUUUAAAAAAAACAAAUUUCUUUUCUUCAAAGAAUAAAAUAAAAAUACAGAUUUUAAGUUUUAUGCUACCAAAUUUCUUUCAAUUAAAAAAGGUUAGUUCCACUUCCUUAAGGUGCAUAGCAUUGGUUUAUAUUUCUUUUUUACUUGGUUACUUUUAUCAUGUCAAAUGUGGUAAACUUUACAGCUUAUUAGAAUUUUAUUUAUUGUGUCUUGCAAAAUAUUUAGUUUUUUGUUCAGGCUGUGCCCGUCCAGUCGUCACCAUUGAAAGGCUAAAGCCCACUAAUAUUACACAGUCUGUUUGAAACUAGUAUAAACCAUUCAGAAACGUCACCAAAAAUUGGCAUAUCAGAAAACAUGUCCUAAAUACUUUCAGUUUUCAGCUAAUGAACACUAUUCCUGGACCAUUUUUUUUUUUUCCAUUCCUGUGUAAAGCGAAUACUGUCAUACUGCUCUUUCUGGUGAUAAAGCAAAGAGAGAUGUGGCGUUGUAUUGUUAUGCAAUUAUGUGUCAUUAAAUGAAUAAGUUAAAUAAACAAACCUUUUCA